AUGUCAUUAUCGCGAAGUCCAUCACCAAGACCUGGAGGAGGUUGGGCUAGCCCAGGCCUUUCUAGCCCUUUUGCCAAUGUCAGUGGAAGAUCUAGUCCAAACAAGAUGCAAAGAGGAGGUGGAAAUGGAAAUUCGGUAACCUGGGAAUCUGCGAGAGCAAAGAGUGAGGAAGUAAAUGGUUAUCCCUCAUUCUCGACCAAAAAUAAUGGUUUCUUCAAUCGACAUAUCAGAAAUAUCUCCAACAGUCUGCCGCAUUUUCAUAUGGGAGGGGAUAGGAGUUAUGCAGAAAAGGAAAAACUUGGGCGCGGACGAUGGGCUGGAUCCUCAAAGAUGGCACGAAUAAGGAAUAACUGUGCGAGAGUUAGUCGCAAAAUGAGGAUGCGAUUUAUGAUUGUUUUAGGGUUUGUAAUGAUGAUAAUACUUUUCUAUUCUACACCUUUACAUUACUGGUGGCGCCGAGCAACACAUCUUGGGGGAGGUAAAAAAUUCGUUAUAAUACUUGCGGCAAAUCAGGGAGGUGGAGUUAUGGAGUGGAAGGGACCAAGGGAAUGGGCAAUCGAACGAGACAGUGUGCGCAACAAACGAAAGUAUGCAAACAAAUGGGGAUACGAAUUAGAGAUUGUGGAUAUGAGCACCAAGAAGAGAUAUGCUCAUGAGUGGAGAGAAAGCUGGGAAAAGGUUGACACAAUCCGGAAUUCGCUGAGAAAAUAUCCCGAAGCUGAGUGGUUUUGGUGGCUCGACCUUAACACGUUCAUAAUGGAACCAUCCUACUCCCUCCAAUCACAUAUCUUCAACAGCCUAGACAAAAACACUUACCGCGAUAUCAACGACUAUAAUCCCCUCAACAUAACCCACCCUCUUCAAUUUCCCUACCUCGACGUCGAAUCUCGCAGCGCAGUUGGAGACGGUCAAGCAAGCUCCGUCAACCUAGUAGUGCCCCAAGAUUGCUCGGGUUUCAAUCUCGGUUCCUUCUUCGUCAAACGCAGCGCAUGGACUGAUCGUCUCCUAGACGUAUGGUGGGACCCUGUCGGCUACGAACAAAAGCAUAUGGAAUGGGAACACAAAGAACAGGACGCCCUCGAAUUCUUGUACAUCAAUCAACCCUGGAUUCGUCCUCACACUGCAUUUAUCCCUCAGCGUAAAAUCAACAGUUUCCCACCCGGAGCAUGCUCGGAUAAUGGGAAUGAUACGCGCAUUCAUUAUGAUGAACAUGAUCGGGAUUUCCUAGUAAAUAUGGCGGGUUGUGAGUGGGGACGAGAUUGUUGGGGCGAGAUGUAUAACUAUAGGGAAUUGAGUAAUCACUUGAAUAGGACUUGGUGGGAAAGAUUCAAGGAGGACUUGGUGAUCAAGGCGUGGCAAAAGGUUACGGGGAACAAGCCUCAGUCAAAGAAUUCAUGA